GCCGGGGGUGACAGAUAGCCUUGCCUUGUCCCCUGGAAUUUAGAGUGGCCCCUGGAUUUUGGCUCCAAAUUCCAUCAGGAUUUACAUGGAUUUCAAAUGCGCUGCUCGGAUUGCACUCAGGAUCUGAUCACAUGGGAAGACAGAGAAAGAGGGGAAAGUAUACAGAUCUGUCAAAUAAAUAAAUAAGAUGCAAAUUAGUUGCUGCAUAAUUUGCAUAUUGUGCAAAUUAGGCCGCCCAGAUUUGGGAAGCUUGAAUAUGGCAACCCUGGCGACAGUUGUUCCUGAGCACCUGGAUGAGAGCUUGCUCUUCUGCAGCCAAGAUAUACUGGGAGGAGAAGGUGAAGGAGGUGGGAGGUCUGGGGCAGGGCUAGGGGAAGAGCCCUCUUUCACUUUUUGUCCCAAGGUCCACUGCAAGCCUGCUAUACCCCUGCCCAAGGAAUUCUAGGACUGUGCGGAGGGAGAAAUCUCUAGCAGUUUAAAAAGAAAGAGACCAUAAUCCUUUUGGGGGGCCAUGUUCGUUUCAAAACAACAAAAGAUUUUCCACUUGUUCCUUCCAUGCUGUUUUGCUUGCAUUAGACUCUCCACUCUGCGUUUCAGAAAGGCCCUGCUCCCCCACCCCACCCCCGCCCCCCGCCCCGCACCCUUCCGGAGGGCUGAAAGCUAACACCACUUCCCAGCUGUGCAAACUGUCCUGCCUGCUCUCCAGGCCAGCUCCCAGAACCUGUUGCCUCAGCAAGGACAGGAAUUCCCAGCCCCGCCAGCUACUCAUCGCAGCCCCAGGGAAAGUGUGUGGCCAGGCUCCUGGGUGGGGAAACCCCGUCGUCCCUGCCUGUCUCCCACCACUGGGCUCUGGGGGUCUGCCGGCAAUUGCCUGCGGUAGGCCUGCCUCACCCACCCUCUCCCUCACCGUGCAAAGGGACUGAUAAUAAAGCCCUGCCAGCCCUGCACCUUUCAAGUUCUGGCUGUCAUCUUCGCGUUGGAUGCCUCCUUGCUCUGCGCCUUUGAGGAGAGACAGAGAGAGACAGAGCGACCCCAUUGUGUCAUGUCGUGGUGGCUUUGGCAAGCAAACUGGGACGCACCCUGAUGUGAGAAGCUUCCCCCCCUCCCUGCACUUGGCUUCAUCUCUUUGUGGCCUCUGGCUGCUCCUGCGGAUGGUUUCCACGUGACUUCCAGUCCCUCUGGCCAGGUCUCCCUGUGGCUACUGACCAGGUCCGACCAUCACAGAUCUCUGUCCAACCCCUGCUGGAGUUUUUGCCUCCCUCCCUAGGACUUCUGGAUCUUCCUUCGUUUCUGACCUCUAACCUUUCCUGUGGCUACGUCUCCAUGUGAUUUGUUCCCCAGCCUUCACCCCCAUGUUGGGCUCAGGCAGCCUAAGCCGGGCGGGCCCAAUCCCGGCCAUCCUGCGCCCGCCGCCCGCUAUGAUGCAGCCGCCCCUCGACCUCAAGCCCUUCCUGUCGUUCCCUAUGGAGGCGCAGCCAGCCGUGGGCCUCUUCCCGGGUUUCAACACGGUAAGGCCGUGGCUGCUUCCGGCCCAGGAGGUGCAGGCUCGGAUGGACCCAGUGCAGAAGGCAGUGAUCAACCACACCUUUGGGGUACCCGUAGCAAAGGCCAAGCGCCCCGUCAUCUCUUGCAACGUCUGCCAGAUCCGCUUCAAUUCCGAGAGUCAAGCUGAAGCACACUACAAGGGGAACCGCCACGCCCGGCGAGUGAAAGGAAUUGAGGCAGCCAGGACGCGGCAGAAGGAAUCGGGAGGCCGCGAGGGAGACAAGCCCGGACCUGUGGGCAGCCCAUCCUCCAGUGCUGGGGAGAGCGACUCUGACCGCACAGCUGAGCAGCUGAACGGCAUAGGCGGCUCAGUGACCGUGCUCCCUGUGCCAGCACCCGCCUCUCCGGAGAAGCAGCCCUGCCUGGCAUCCCCGGUGGCAGCAGCAGCCCCACCCCACUUGGCCCCCUGCCCCGAGCCUAGCCAGAGUGCCAAGGCUGGGGCCGGCUGGGGAACCAAGGUGGGAGAGAUCUCGGCGGCCACGGCAGCAGCACCGGCUGCUCCAGGGGGGACUCCCAAUAGCAACGGCAGCACCAAGCCCGAUGAAGAGAAGGCCAAGAAGCUGUUGUACUGUGCACUCUGCAAAGUGGCUGUCAACUCGCUCUCUCAACUCGAGGCCCACAACAAAGGUACAAAGCACAAGACUAUCCUGGAAGCACGCAGUGGGUUGGGGCCUAUCAAGGCAUAUCCACGCCUGAGCACCACGGCUGGAGGGGAGCCAGGCAACCAAGACCCCAGUGCUCAGGAGAGAACCUUCCACUGUGAAAUCUGCAAUGUCAAAGUCAACUCGGAGAUCCAGCUAAAACAGCACAUUUCCAGCCGGCGACACCGAGAUGGAGUAGCUGGGAAGCCCAACCCCCUGUUGAGUCGGCACAAGAAGCAGCGAGGCAUGGCAGAGCUGCCGAUGAACGUAGGAAGCUGCCUUAUGCUGAGUCCGACCCUGGGCCCACCUAGCUCAGCAUUGCCUACCCUGACCAGCAGUGGCUCUCCAAGGUUUCAGGGCUCCCUGGCCUUCCCCAAGGAGCUUCCCAAGUCACUGGCAGCCGGAUUGCUGCCCAGCCCACUGGCGGUGGCAGCGGCCAUGGCAGCCGCGGCCUCCUCGCCCCUGACGCUGCGGCCAGCCCCCACACCGUCGCUGUUGCAAGGCCCGCCUCUGACGCACCCGCUCCUGCGCCCGGCACCGGGGCCCAUCCGAACUGCACACGGACCCAUCCUCUUCUCGCCGUACUGAUGCCGCCCGUCCGCCCACCUGCCUGCCACAAUCCCGGGACUCCUGGCACCACUGGAACCGCCCCCUGGCAACUAGCAACCGGCCCUGGCAAUGUCACACGGCGCCCAGCCCCAUCCGAUGGGAACGGUUUACUUUUCCCCCCUUCUCUUUUCCCCCCCUCUUUUUAACUGGAAAUGGAAUUAUUUUUCUGAGAAGAGAAAAGGGACAAUCCCACCCUUAUACAUACACACGCACACGCACGCACGCACACACACACAUAUAUAUAUGUACACACCUGUUCUCAGCCCUAUCUGGGGUCCUGGCCAAAUCUGCACAAGCGCCGGGUUCUCCAACGGGCUGGACUGAGGUGUGUUCCCUUGUUGGUGUGUGUCCGUGCGUGUGUGUGUGCACGCGCGGCUGUGUGUGUCAGUCACAUCUCCCGAGGUACGAAAGGUUGGGGAGCGGUAGUGCCUCCCUCAGGACUCUGCGGAGCAUCGAAAGUGGAGGCAGUUCUGGUACCUCAGGGACUGAUCAGCAAGCAAUCUCCGUUCAUCCCAGAGCUAAGGGGGCCCCCUGGUCCCCCCCCCACUCAUACAAGCCAUUGUCCACUUGCACUGAGAGGUGGGGGUGUGUAUGUGUUUGUGUGUACGGGACAGAAGACAGGGCCUCCGGACAAAGAGCCCCUAUUGCAAUAAUGCUGGCCGGCACCUCCAUGUACAUAUCCCCUGGUUUCCCCUCCUGCCCUCCUCUGUGCUGGCCCCACCCUCACUGCGCUUCCAUGCAACAGGGCCCAUGAUGGGCCCCCCCACUGCUGCACCUCAACAAGAGACUGGCAGAGCAAGAACUGUGCUCCCAAUGCCCACGUCCCCCAUUCCUCCCACACGAAGAGGCAGACAGACAUCACCCAGUGUGGAACGCCCCAUUCCCUCUCCAGAAGUGACUUCCAUGCACUUGGGUCAAACGCCCCUUCCCUUCCUCCUCUCCCUGCUCCCCAUGGUGUAAGGAAGGUCAAGGAAUCUGGGGAGAGAGAGAGAGAGAGAGAGAGAGAGUGUGUGUGUGUGUGUGUGUGUGUGUGUGUGUGUGUGUGUGUGUGUGUGUGUGUAAAAGUUGUGCUUUGUCAGACCUGAAGGAGCAAGAAGCUUCUGUCAUCUGAGUGGAAGAGAGCACCAACCCCUCACCUGGCAUGAAGGGGGAUGGGGUCAAGAGUGCUGGUGGGAAAUGGGACUGGCGGGGCUCGCUGUUCAGAUCCAGAGUAGGUUCUAGCAGGGGUUUCCCGCCAGGCUGUUUCCAUCGGCUCCUGGCUCUUCAGCGUGGAAGGCGAAGGCUCUCUCUCAUUAGGAGCUGCUUGCCUCUCUUUCUGCCUGUUGACUUUUCCCUUUGGCUUGUUUGUGCUGUUGCCAUGAGAGCACAACAUCCCUCCCUCUCCUUCCUCUUCUACUGUUUCUGUAGAGUUGGGUCUUCAGCCCUCCACCCUUUUCUUGAGCGGGUGGGACAUUAACCAGGAGGCCAGGUCAUUUCCUGGAGACUGAGGAUCCCCUCCUCCUAAAUCCCAGCCCCACCCGAGGACAUAAAAUUCCAGAUGCUUGUUAAAUUCCCUGGCACCCAUCCUAGUUGGCGCCUAUAAGUGGAUUGCGUGUGUAUGUGUGCAUGCGUGUGUGUGUGUAUGUGUUGGCUAAUGGAAUGACUGCGGUUCUCUCUUUCUUACACACACAUACACCAUGUCUGCUGUUUCCCAUUUUCCCAAGCAGAAGAACAAUGCAAGGCCCAGGACAGAACCCCCAAAGCCCAGGGAGGAAGAUCUUCCAUGCCACGGCCAAUGCACUGGCCACGCUACUCUCCCCUGCCCCUCCCCCCCGUGCCCCUUACAAAACUGUGACUGAAGUUCAGAGCAAUAGAGACACUGGCGUGCGUGGGGGAGAAGGGGACCUGCCUUCCCCCCAGCUGGCAUGAAUCACGCCAGGCCUGCCCCAUGUUACCUCAGUCCUUUGAAGCCCACAGGGCAAGCUGUCCAACCCACACCUGCUCUACCCACCCCCAGGUGUCCUGCUCACCCCAGAGUGUCUGUUGCUCUCCAUCCACCAUAUUUGUCUGCCCAUGCUAGACUCUCCCCCUAGCCCCCGUCCUUUCUUUCUUGCUGACACCAAUGCCUUUCUGCUUCAUCCCACAUAGCACCUUUUAAGCCCCUCUCCCUCCCCAACGACAAUAAAAGAAGUGUUAAGGCUUA